CACAGAUGAGUUUUAUGUGUUGCUUUGGAGUUCAAUGCUGGUUUCUAACACAUUGAGCUGUGAGAGAGUUUGGUUUAGUUUGUGUUCUGUUCCAGCAUAAAGCCUGUCCUCCUGCAGAAUGGCAGACAAGCCUGACAUCAGUGAGAUCUCUCACUUUGAUAAGAGCAAGCUGAAGAAGACCGAGACGCAGGAGAAGAAUACUCUACCUACCAAAGAGACCAUUGAACAGGAGAAGCAGUGUGACUCGUAGGCAGCCAGCUCCUGUUUAUCACAUCACCAAGGACAAUGAAGGGCUUCUUGAAGAUCUCACAGGCAACAUGGCUUCUAACCAGCAGUGCCAUCUGUGGCAAAGGUUGGAGUCGAACCUUGAUGGAAGCUGAAGGAUGCCCUGUGAGCAAGAACUAGGCUGUUUGGCCUGAUGGAGGGACUAGUGUGGUGAUGGGUGGUACAUGCCUUCUUAUUGAACUUGGUGAAAUAAAGAUUG